CUCCUGCACCUCUGCAGCCGAGAAGGAGAUGGGAGGAGCAGAGCAAAGAGAGAAGCAGUACCGAGCCCAUCGGGGAUUUGGGGAUCGCCGUGGUGGGGUCAUCAGCGCCCGCACGUAUUUCUAUGCUGACGAGGCCAAGUGUGACCAGCACAUGGAGACUUUUCUCCGCUGCAUUGAUGCCUCAAGUGGCAGCUCAGAGGACGGCUUCUCAGCCAUCAAGCUGACGGCACUGGGCAGACCUCAGUUCCUGCUGCAGUUCUCAGAGGUGCUGGUGAAGUGGCGGAGGUUCUUCCACCAAAUGGCUGCAGAGCAGGGCCAGGCUGGGCGAGCAGCGCUGGAGAUGAAGCUGGAGGUGGAGAAGCUGCAGGAGGCCCUGGCCAACCUCGGCAUCGCAACCAAGGCAGAGAGCCAGCACUGGUUCACAGGCGAGAACCUGGGUGUGAGCGGCACUGUGGACCUGCUGGACUGGAACAGCCUGAUUGACAGCCGCACCAAGCUCUCCAAGCUGCUGCUUGUCCCCAGCAUGCAGACUGGGCAGCUGGAGCCUCUCCUCUCGCGCUUCACUGAGGAGGAGGAUCUGCAGAUGAAGCGCAUGCUGCAGCGGAUAGAUGUCCUUGCCAAGAGAGCCAUGGAGAAGGGUGUGAAGCUGAUGGUGGAUGCGGAGCAGAGCUACUUCCAGCCAGCUAUCAGCCGCCUUACCCUGGAGAUGCAGCGCCUCUUCAACAGGGAUCGGGCGAUCAUCUUCAACACCUACCAAUGCUACCUGAAGGAAGCUUACGACAAUGUGACAGUGGACAUGGAGCUGUCGCGCCGGGAGGGCUGGCACUUUGGCACCAAGCUGGUCCGCGGCGCCUACAUGGAGCAGGAGCGGGAGAGGGCAGCCCAGAUUGGCUAUGAGGAUCCCAUCAACCCCACCUAUGAGAAGACCAAUGAGAUGUACCACAGGUGCCUGGACUAUAUCCUGGAGGAGAUCAAGCACAGCCGGAAAGCCAAUGUGAUGGUGGCAUCUCACAAUGAGGACACAGUGAAGUUCACCCUGCACAGGAUGAUGGAGCUUGGGAUCCAUCCCUCAGAAAAGAAGGUGUACUUCGGGCAGCUGCUGGGCAUGUGUGACCAUAUCACCUUCCCCCUGGGCCAAGCCGGCUUCCCUGUCUACAAGUACGUGCCCUACGGCCCAGUGAACGAGGUGCUGCCCUACCUGUCCCGGAGAGCCCAGGAGAACAGGGGCUUCAUGCAGAGGGCGAACCAGGAGCGGGACCUUCUCUGGAGGGAGGUCAAGAGGCGGCUCAUUGCAGGCAGCCUCUUUGGCCCCAGCCACUAA